CCUGUCUCUCGGCGGCAGCGGCGGCGGCGGCGGCUCGCGCAGCUCGUUGGCUCACUAUAUAAAGGAAAGAAGCAGGAGAACCGGACGGCUGGAGCUGCAGCCGGUGGCGGCAGCGGCGGUGCGGGGAGCGGCGACUGGUGGUGGUUUCCCUCCUUGGCGCGGGGUGGCGAGCGGGCAACGCCCCCUCGACCCCCUAAGGGUCGUGGCAUUUUUUUUUAAAGGGCGAUUCUCGAGGUUUUUAAGCUUCGGGAGGACUGCCCCCUCCUCCUCUCACCGCUCCCCUUUACUCCUUCAGGAUCCGAUUUUGUUUUAAAAUUCCCCCCCCCCCAAUCUUGCGGUGGCUUGCUUAGGUCACCCUCCAGCGUUUUGGGGUUUGGUUUUUUUUUUUGGUUUUGUUUUUAUCUUGUUUUCUUGGGGUUGCCCCCCUCUUGUUUGUGUUGUGUGUUGGAAAUGGCGAACUCGGCAAAUACAAACACCGUGCCUAAAUUAUACAGAUCUGUGAUUGAAGAUGUUAUUAAUGAUGUGAGAGACAUCUUUUUGGAUGAUGGAGUCGAUGAACAAGUUCUGAUGGAACUAAAAACUUUAUGGGAAAAUAAACUAAUGCAGUCUAGGGCGGUAGACGGAUUUCAUUCCGAAGAACAGCAGCUUUUGUUGCAAGUUCAGCAGCAGCAUCAGACCCAGCAGCAGCAGCAUCACCAUCACCAUCACCACCAGCAAGCUCAGCCACAGCCUACGGUACCUCAGCAAGCUCAGACUCAGCAGGUCCUUAUUCCUGCAGCACAGCAAGCUGCAGCGCCACAAGUUAUUGUUCCUGAUUCUAAGUUGAUACAGCAUAUGAAUGCAUCAAACAUGAGUGCUGCUGCUACAGCUGCUACCUUGGCGCUCCCUGCAGGUGUGACUCCUGUUCAACAGAUACUAACAAAUUCAGGCCAGCUUCUUCAAGUGGUCAGAGCAGCCAAUGGUGCUCAGUAUAUCUUUCAACCUCAGCAGUCAGUGGUUCUACAGCAACAGGUUAUACCACAAAUGCAGCCUGGUGGAGUGCAGGCUCCUGUUAUACAGCAGGUACUGGCUCCUCUUCCUGGAGGGAUUUCGCCUCAGACAGGUGUCAUUAUCCAGCCGCAGCAAAUCUUAUUUACAGGAAAUAAGACUCAAGUUAUACCUACAACAGUGGCAGCACCAACACCAGCACAAGCACAGAUAACUGCAACUGGCCAGCAGCAACCACAGGCCCAGCCUGCUCAACAACAAGCUCCACUGGUGUUACAAGUUGAUGGAACUGGGGAUACAUCAUCUGAAGAAGAUGAAGAUGAAGAAGAAGACUAUGAUGAUGAUGAGGAGGAAGACAAAGAGAAAGAUGGAGCUGAAGAUGGGCAGGUAGAAGAGGAGCCCCUCAACAGUGAAGAUGAUGUGAGUGAUGAGGAAGGGCAAGAACUCUUUGAUACAGAAAAUGUUGUUGUAUGUCAGUAUGAUAAGAUACACAGAAGUAAAAACAAAUGGAAAUUUCAUCUAAAGGAUGGCAUUAUGAAUCUUAAUGGAAGAGAUUAUAUAUUUUCCAAAGCCAUUGGAGAUGCAGAAUGGUGAAGAGUUGGUUCUUUUCUUUUAUAAAUAAAACAAAAGAAACUUAAAAAAAUUUAAAGUGAACAGUUUGAAACUUGGGACAUACUCCAACCAAAACUUAACUUCUGCAUGUCAGAAAAAGUGCAGUAGAAGCAAAGCUACUGGAACAAAGAGACCUUGACAACCUAGACACUACUUCUAACUGGCAAGCCAUGGAACUGUAGCACCUGGGUUUGUUGGGGAGGGGGGCUUGGGGUUUUGUGUAGGAAGACCAUUCAUUAAUUGUCCAUUUUAAAUACAGGUACCUGCCACCGCUCAUUAGCAUGUAAAGCCUUGUCUAUAUUCCUUCCUUCAACUUGGUUUUAAUCAGAAAAUACUUGUUAGAAUGAACUGAAGAAAUUUCCCUUUUGAUACAUUGAAAUGAAACUGCUUAUUGUAUGUGGUUAUAUUUGGUAAAAAUUGCGUGUGAGCUUUUUACAAAAGGAUAAGAAUUAUGGUGUUGAAUUUUAAUUCACUUGUGUAAGGAAACAAUUUAGAUCUCUUAUAAUAGGUCUUAAAUAUAUAUAUUUUUUUGCUAUUCUGCCCAAGUAAAAUACACCUCUUUUCUUCCCUGCUUUAUGAAACAUCUAUUUAAGAAUUAAGGGAAGUAAUCAGUGGGCACAAUUUGGAGACAAAAUUUGACCCAGGAAUGGACACUUAAUUUUAAUUGGGUUUUCAUACUCAUUAAACUUGGGUCUUGUCAAUUGAGCAGAAUUAAAAUGACACCUUCAGUUUCCUUACAGAAAAUUUGUAAUUGUUUCUUUUAGCCCUGUACCUUUAAAAGAAACCCCAAAGUGGCUCAUUAGGAAUAUGGUUGUAUUUCACAGAGGUACCAUCUAGCUGAAAUUAUAUACACAUGAAUAGAUGAAGAUUUUUUCCUGUUGGGCUGAAGUGUAUGCUUCUAUGUGUUUAGUCUUUAAGCUAAACAAACAUUAAGAUAACAUUCUGUGCAUUGACUGAAGUGUUGGGCAGGUGGUGAGGACCUGGAUUUUUAUUAAACAAUUUAGUAAUUAUAAAAGUUUCUUGUUUUUACUAGUAAAGAAUUUUAAAACUAUUAUUUUAAUUGAACAAAUUUUUUAAAAUGCAACUUUGUAAUUCGAGAGGCAAUUUUGGGUUAGAGGGGGUGGGCCACUAAAAGUACCUAUUUACCUCUCUCAUUUGGUGGCCCUUCCAGGCCAUUGAUAGUGUAGACAUGGGCUCCAGUUUGCACAUUGGGAAGAAAGCAUAUAAAUUUGACUUAUAUUAAAAAUAAUAGAAACCUAAUAUGUAUAUUAAGAAUGCAUAGCUCUGUAUCCUCUAAGGGGCUCUAAAGUACAACAUGGCGGUUCUGCGUUCAGUGCGAACUAGUUGCCUGGGAGAACUGUAGGAACGCUGGUCUUCACCUCUGUUUUUACAGUGAAUUCUUUUUGUGGUUUAUAUAGACAAAGUUCACGUGUUUAAGUUACUUUUGUAUAUCAAUUUUUUAAGUCUUCCAUUUGUCUUUGUGUUUCCAGAAGUAACAUAGAAACACUUUAAAGUACAUUGCAAAGAAAAACUGUGAGCUUAUUAUGUAUUGUUUUUUUCUUUCUUUUAACACAUCUUUAAACUUCUGAAAAAAGCUAAUAACUUUUUUUUCUUUUGCCCACUUCUCACCCCAUAUACCAACGUGGUCCCGUUAACUUACGUUCUGAACUUUGGUGUCAGCGGUGGUUUCUAGCAAUGCCAGUAGUUAGGUUUUGUUAGAUGCCAUAACUGGUAAUACGGUUUUUAUUUCUGUUAUGUUAGGUUUUUGGAAGGGAGGUUCAUGUGUUUACCCCACUACUCUCAAAGCACACACAGGGUUUUGUUGUUGUUGUUUAUUGAGGCUAGGAGAAGGGAGGGGCGAAAUCACAGACGUCCUGUUGUUCGGUUGUCCUUCAGCGUAGUUGAUAGGUGCAUAUUGGCCUGAUGAAGAGUCAACGACCUGAACUACCUAUAAACGUGCAGCAGUGCUGCGGUGUUGAUUGAAACCUUUCGGCUACCUAGUAGUUCCUAGGCUACUGAACCGUGUAUUAUUAUCAUAUACUCCCUCAGCUCAUGUUUGGGCCCUCUAUGUAGGCAAACAUUCGUAUUCACAGUAGAAUUGUAUACUGGCAUAUUUUUAUAAUGUUAUUUUCAAACAUGAAAAGCCACUGCUUUCAGAAGGACUCACUAGGGUCAUUUUGAAGCAGGAAAUAACUAUUUGUAUGUGCACCUGUGUAUUGCAUACUAGUUAUGGUAUACUUGGCAAAUGCUUUUCUUUUACCUGUGAAUAUUCUAAAAGCCAGUCCAAACAACACUGCAUACCAGAUUGUGCUCUUAUAUAUUACUGCAUUUGUGUUCCUUUUUAAUCAGAUAGCAUGUUUUAGUUUUAUUAUGGUGGCUUGCUAUAAGAAUGCCACUUGCUUAUCUUUUAUUGAACUUGAAUUCUCAAUCAUGCUUUUAAUGUAUUUAACAAACCAUUUCUUUAGAUUCUGUAAACAUGUCAUUCCUUUGAAAAGGCAGGGAUUCCCACUUCAGAAUUUUUAAAUGAAAAUGUUGAUUCAAAGAGGGGAAAUAGUUCAGACUUGGUUUUAGGAAAAUAGGUAAAGGUUUCAGAAGAGGAUUUGUUUAGAUUUGCACAGAUGGUGAUGGCACCUUUUGUUAAAAAGAAAGUUAGUGUUAAUCAACAGUGCUGAGGAAAAUUUACACAGAAUUACUUGACAUAUCAAGUGUGGAAAUGUGUGCCUUUCAGUAUAUUUACUCUUUUUUUGGUGGUCAUUGGGAUAAUCAGACCAUAUGAAUGCCUGAGAGCACGUUUAAUUUCUGUGGAGAGCCAUGUUUGGCGGAAACAACUCUUAAUGUGCAAUUAGUUUCUAGAGUAAAAUGUCUGUUAUAUGAGGGGGAUCUUUAUAUUGGGCUUUUAUAUUUUUUAAAUGUUCAUGUUUCUUUCUGUUAAUUAAAUGCCAUCAUAAUAUCACGUUUAUAUUGUUGCCUAUCUUAAAAUCAAAGCCACCUUGAUGUUUUUCUUCUGGGAAUACAUCAAUAUUUGAGCCGUGUGUAUAGUGAUUAAAAUGUGUUUUUGAAGAGCAUAUUCUAAUAGAUUCUGGUUUUAGACAUCAAGAACAUGAAAAUAUAAUAGCUUUUGUAUAAAGAUUUUCUUUUGCUAUAGUGAAAAUCAAGGAUUUGGUUUUGCUUUUUAUGGAGGAAUGAAAAGAGUUGUCUAAGUAAUUUUUAUUAUCUUAUAGCAAUAAUGUCACCAUUCUUUUUCAGAAGGUAAAUAUGCCUUGUGCAGGAAAACAGACAUAAUUUUCUCCGUUUUCUUCCACUUAGAAAAUUCCUAUUUUUUUCAGAUGAUUUCAUCUUGAACAUUUUUGAGAUUUUGUGCAAUGUUAUAUUUUAUUGCUCCAUCUUUGUACAUUUUCAUUUUAUUUCCUUUGUCUGUCUUCCACCUGUCUGCCUGAAUCAGCUCUUUAGAUCUGGGGUUCAUUGGUUAAAAAUAGUUACUUUAUAUAUAUAUUUCUUCAUGGGUUUAUGUUAAAACGUUUUGCAUUUUAAUCUAUUAUGCUAUGGAAAUUAUUCUGAAGUUUAUAUUUCCCUCUUAAAUCUUAGUCUGAAUUUUCCAUUUUUUUAUGGCUUAAGGAAGAACACACCAAACUUAAUAUUUUUGUUUAUUUUGAGGAACAAGAGAAAUGUUUUUUUCCUUCUCUUUUAACGGAAGAGCCAAUUGAGUUAGUUACUACUGUCAGUAAGUAACUCUUUCAGUCAAGGGUCCUUAAAUUGCCAGGGCUACAAUUUGGGGGUGGAACUGAUCCUUUUCACUGUUCUGAGCUACUAUUGUCAACUGCUGUUGUACAUACUGUUAUGUGUAAGGGCGUAAAUAUAUUUAUUAUGUUUGUAUAAUUCAUUCUGUACAAUUGCAGAUCAAGAUCGCUCUUCUGUGAUAUACGGAAUAUUAUGUUUUAAAGACCAUCUUGGAAUACAAUUAGAGAACUUAGUAUUUUGAUGUACUAAGACCUAUUUUAAGUUUAAUAUUUUACCUUUGCAAAAACUUUAAUUAAAGAUGUUAUUUAAAAAAAGUAA